UGUUGCUCAGCCCUCUCUGUCUGUCUGCCGGGGUCUCCAGAGUCCCAGGCUGGCGUGUGGGCUUGAGAGCCUCUGGUGACCUCUCCUGUCUAGGCCCCUCAGCCACUCUGCCCCAAGAUGGGCCGCGGGGCUGGCCGCGAGUACUCGCCUGCAGCCACCACUGCGGAGAAUGGGGGUGGCAAGAAGAAACAGAAAGAGAAAGAGCUGGACGAGCUGAAGAAGGAGGUGGUCAUGGAUGACCACAAGCUGUCCCUGGACGAGCUGGGCCGCAAAUACCAAGUGGACCUGUCCAAGGGCCUCACCAACCAGCGGGCCCAGGACAUUCUGGCUCGGGACGGCCCCAACGCCCUCACUCCACCCCCGACAACCCCGGAGUGGGUGAAGUUCUGUCGCCAGCUCUUCGGGGGGUUCUCCAUCCUGCUGUGGAUUGGGGCCAUCCUCUGCUUCCUGGCCUACGGCAUCCAGGCUGCCAUGGAGGAUGAGCCAUCCAAUGACAAUCUGUACCUGGGUGUGGUGCUGGCAGCUGUGGUCAUCGUCACUGGCUGCUUCUCCUACUAUCAGGAGGCCAAGAGCUCCAAGAUCAUGGACUCCUUCAAGAACAUGGUGCCUCAGCAAGCCCUUGUGGUGCGGGAGGGAGAGAAGAUGCAGAUCAACGCAGAGGAGGUGGUGGUAGGAGACCUGGUGGAGGUGAAGGGAGGAGACCGUGUGCCCGCUGACCUCCGGAUCAUCUCCUCACAUGGCUGCAAGGUGGACAACUCGUCCCUCACAGGAGAGUCUGAGCCCCAGACCCGAUCCCCUGAGUUCACCCAUGAGAACCCCCUGGAGACCCGCAACAUCUGCUUCUUCUCCACCAACUGCGUGGAAGGCACUGCCAGGGGAAUCGUAAUCGCCACAGGUGACCGGACAGUGAUGGGCCGCAUCGCCACCCUGGCCUCAGGCCUGGAGGUGGGCCGGACGCCCAUUGCCAUGGAGAUCGAGCACUUUAUCCAGCUCAUCACGGGGGUGGCCGUCUUCCUGGGUGUCUCCUUCUUCGUGCUCUCCCUCAUCCUGGGCUACAGCUGGCUGGAGGCGGUCAUCUUCCUUAUUGGCAUCAUCGUGGCCAAUGUGCCCGAGGGGCUGCUGGCCACUGUCACCGUGUGUCUGACGCUGACGGCCAAGCGCAUGGCGCGCAAGAACUGCCUGGUGAAGAACCUGGAGGCGGUGGAGACGCUGGGGUCCACGUCCACCAUCUGCUCGGACAAGACAGGCACCCUCACCCAGAACCGCAUGACUGUCGCCCACAUGUGGUUUGACAACCAGAUCCACGAGGCCGACACCACAGAAGAUCAGUCUGGGGCCACUUUUGACAAGCGCUCCCCCACCUGGACGGCCCUGUCCCGCAUUGCUGGUCUCUGCAACCGAGCUGUCUUCAAGGCCGGCCAGGAGAACAUCUCUGUGUCCAAGCGGGACACAGCUGGAGAUGCCUCCGAGUCGGCUCUGCUCAAGUGCAUCGAGCUGUCCUGCGGCUCCGUGAGGAAGAUGAGGGACAGGAACCCCAAGGUGGCAGAGAUCCCCUUCAACUCCACCAACAAGUACCAGCUGUCCAUCCACGAGCGAGAAGACAGCCCUCAGAGCUACGUGCUGGUGAUGAAGGGGGCUCCAGAGCGCAUCCUGGACCGCUGCUCCUCUAUCCUGGUGCAGGGCAAGGAAAUCCCUUUGGACAAAGAGAUGCAGGAUGCCUUCCAGAAUGCUUACAUGGAGCUGGGAGGCCUGGGAGAGCGUGUGUUGGGGUUCUGCCAACUGAAUCUGCCAUCUGGGAAGUUUCCUCGGGGAUUCAAAUUUGACACAGAUGAGCUGAACUUUCCCACCGAGAAGCUGUGUUUUGUGGGGCUCAUGUCCAUGAUUGACCCUCCCCGGGCAGCCGUGCCUGAUGCUGUGGGCAAGUGCCGGAGUGCAGGCAUCAAGGUGAUCAUGGUGACUGGGGACCAUCCGAUCACAGCCAAGGCCAUUGCCAAAGGCGUGGGUAUCAUCUCCGAGGGCAAUGAGACAGUGGAGGACAUUGCAGCCCGGCUCAAUAUCCCCGUCAGCCAGGUCAACCCCAGAGAGGCCAAGGCGUGUGUGGUGCACGGCUCCGACCUGAAGGACAUGAACUCGGAGCAGCUGGAUGAGAUCCUGCGGAACCACACGGAGAUCGUGUUCGCGCGGACGUCCCCGCAGCAGAAGCUCAUCAUCGUGGAGGGCUGUCAGCGGCAGGGAGCCAUCGUGGCGGUGACCGGAGACGGGGUGAACGACUCCCCCGCGCUGAAGAAGGCUGACAUUGGCAUUGCCAUGGGCAUCUCGGGCUCUGAUGUCUCCAAGCAAGCAGCCGACAUGAUCCUCCUGGACGACAACUUCGCCUCCAUCGUCACAGGCGUGGAGGAGGGCCGCCUCAUCUUCGACAACCUGAAGAAGUCCAUUGCGUACACACUGACCAGCAACAUCCCCGAGAUCACCCCCUUCCUGCUCUUCAUCAUCGCCAACAUACCCCUGCCUCUGGGCACUGUAACCAUCCUCUGCAUCGACCUGGGCACGGACAUGGUCCCUGCCAUCUCUUUGGCCUAUGAGGCAGCUGAGAGCGACAUCAUGAAGCGGCAGCCUCGGAACCCACAGACGGACAAGCUGGUGAAUGAGCGACUCAUCAGCAUGGCCUAUGGGCAGAUUGGGAUGAUCCAGGCGCUGGGCGGCUUUUUUACCUACUUUGUCAUCCUGGCUGAAAAUGGCUUCCUGCCCUCACGGCUGCUGGGCAUCCGCCUGGACUGGGACGACCGGUCCACCAAUGACCUGGAGGACAGCUAUGGACAGGAGUGGACCUACGAGCAGCGGAAGGUGGUGGAGUUCACAUGCCACACGGCCUUCUUUGCCAGCAUCGUGGUGGUGCAGUGGGCCGACCUCAUCAUCUGCAAGACCCGCCGCAACUCUGUCUUCCAGCAGGGCAUGAAGAACAAGAUUCUGAUUUUCGGGCUCCUGGAGGAGACGGCGCUGGCUGCCUUCCUGUCCUACUGCCCGGGCAUGGGCGUGGCCCUGCGCAUGUACCCGCUCAAGGUCACGUGGUGGUUCUGUGCCUUCCCUUACAGCCUCCUCAUCUUCAUCUAUGAUGAGGUGCGAAAGCUUAUCCUGCGGCGAUAUCCAGGAGGCUGGGUGGAGAAGGAGACUUACUACUGAACACGUUGGAGAGAAGAACCAGGCUCUGGAAGAUGGGGUGCCCAG